CGCCUCUAUGCGCUAAGUGGCUCACCGGGGAUGGCUUGUGUACACAACCAAAAAUAAUGCAUACAUUCUGGUACUAUUUUGUAUGUGUACCCAUGGGCUUCCUCGGACUGAAGAACUACAGUAAAUAUUGGACGCAAAUGUGUGCAUAAUAAAGUGAGACUGUCAGUUGUGACCUUUUAAUCAUCCAAACUGAAACGAAUGCAGAGUUGCCGCGUGGGAGGUGUUACAUUCGGUCCAUCCGUUUCGACCGAUUUCUUCACUUGAGCAGUAGGCUUUUCCCAGACGGCUUCUAUGUCGUAUUUCUCCAUAACAAAUGGAACCCCAACAACUGCAGUUCGGCAGUGAAGAAAUCAACAGUACAGUAUGGGAAGUGCCGUACAAAUACAAAUCUCUGAAGCAAAUCGGAACAGGAGCGUACGGCACCGUCUGCUCCGCAAAAAACGAUAAGACCAAAGAGAAAGUGGCCAUCAAGAAGCUACAUCGUCCGUUCCAGUCAGAGAUAUUCGCAAAACGAGCGUAUCGGGAACUGAGACUUCUCAAACACAUGAAGCAUGAGAAUGUGAUUGGGCUCGUGGAUGUGUUCACACCUGCGACCUGUCUGGAGGACUUCCAUGAUUUCUAUCUGGUGAUGCCAUUCAUGUUCACAGACCUGUCUAAAGUGCGGGGACUUCUGUCAGAGGACCGAAUCCAGUUCCUUGUGUAUCAGAUGCUUUGUGGACUCAAGUACAUUCACAGUGCAGGCAUCAUUCACAGGGACCUCAAACCUGGUAAUUUGGCUGUAAAUCAGGAUUGUGAGCUGAAGAUUCUGGAUUUUGGCUUGGCUCGGCAUGCUGAGCCGGAGAUGACGGGCUAUGUCGUGACACGCUGGUACCGCGCCCCCGAGGUCAUUCUAAACUGGAUGCACUACACCCAGACUGUGGAUAUCUGGUCUGUUGGUUGCAUCAUGGCAGAGAUGAUCAAUGGGAAGACGCUCUUCAAAGGAAAAGACUACAUGGAUCAGAUUACACAGAUUAUGAAAGUAACAGGAGUACCUGGACCAGAUUUCAUAAAAAAAUUGGACAGUCAGGAGGCAAAAACGUACGUGGCCUCUCUCCCAAAUUUCCCUCGGAAAGACUUCUCUGCAUUGUUUCCCAGGGCCAGUCCAAAGGCUGUUGAGUUACUGGAAAAGAUGCUGGUACUGGAUGCAGAAGCCCGUAUCACUGCUGAAGAGGCCCUGAAGCACCCAUAUUUUGAUGGCCUGCGGGAUCCCGAGGACUGCCCUGAACCACUGCCAUAUGAUGACAGCCAUGACAAUGCAACAUUGCCCCUAGAGGAGUGGAGGCGCUUAUCUUUCAAGGAAGUGAGGAGCUUUGUACCUUUCCCAAGAAGGGACUCCAAAAGGCGAAAUACACUGACCAUUACAUAAUGAUUUCAAAGAUUUUACACUAAAUGGUAAUCUAAACAAAUAUCUGUGCUCAAAUUUUGUGCAAGACAGUAAAGGAGCUAAUUACCUUCUGGAUACUGAGUCACAUCUGAAAAAUGAAAAUGUAUGACAUGUUUUUGUGCUCAUGGUGGGAAGGGGGCUGUUUUUUUUUUUUUUUUAAAUAAAUACAGUGACUGUA